AUGGACACACUUCCCACUGAGCUCAUCGAUAGUAUCCUCGAGCACAUAUACUACGACAAGGGUAAACCGCAGCGGACCACCCUCAAGGCGUGCGCCUCUAUCUCGCGGGCCUGGCGCGAGCCUUCGCAACGCCUCCUCUUCCGAACGGUUUCGCUAGGGAGUGGACUUCACGGACGACCGGCCCAUAUAUCGUUCUGCGAAGCAACAGGCCCAGAGACUGAGCACGGACGCCUCCUGGGACAGCAUGUGCGCGUCCUCGAGGUGUAUGUGGGCGAGAAAUCCGGAGCCGAUCUAGACGACGCGGACCUGGCGGACAUCCUUUCCCGCACCCCCCGCUUGCACGAGCUCGCUCUACAGGUCGCUGCCGUCUACAGAUUCUCCCUGCAGGCCAUGGAGGAUCUCAUCCAUCUUGCGACCAACGGCUAUACAUCCCGCCGUGACCCGAGCCUCACUCCCAUCCCGCUCCGCGUUCGCUCGCUCGCGAUUCUCUCCUGCGGAAUACAGAGCCCUAUCCUCUACCAGCUGCUUCAGAUCUGGCCCUGCGUCGAGUUCCUGUACCUGGGCGUUGAGGUUGCUGCACCUCCGCCGAAGUGGACCCCGACGUUUCGCCUCUACCAGCUAACGCUCAUGCGCAUGCCGCGCUUCGCAAUCCUCUCCUGGCUGCUGUCCUCGAGCGCGGAAAGCUUGCGAAUCGCAUCCUUUCGCGACGCUCCCGGACGCGAAGUCGAUCCCCUGCUCGAGGAGAUUGGACCGAGGCUUCGCUCACUCCGUUUGAUGAACUAUAAUCUCCGUGCAACCGCAAUUCUCAAGUACUGCCCGAAUCUGGAGGAGCUGGUGAUCGUCCAGCUGUCGACGCUAUUCAAACUGGACAACCUGCCGCGUGGGCUGGAACAUCUGAGCUGCAGGAACCUGCCUGCGGAGGAUCAGUCGCUCGGGCUAGUCAUCCAGGCGGUGGGGGAGCUGUCGCGUUUGCGGGUGGUUACCUGCGCGGCCGGUGCCGCGCAAGACGAGCGGUUUGGGGAGCUGUUGGAGUUGUGCGAGUCGAAGAAGGUCGAGCUCUGCGUGGAUCAGGUACCAUUUUGGGUGAGAGAAGACUCGGUUUACGUGGAUCGUUUCCCCAGGAGUAAGGCGGUAGCUAAUUUUGCACUGAUGAACUGA